GACACGAUUGCGUCAGAGGCCUUGCGGAGCGCUCAGGGGAUGCUAUGGCUUCCAGUGGGGUCAGUGUGAACGCUGGCAGCUCGGCAAAUGAAGUUUCCGAAAUCCCAGACAACGUGGGGGAUUGGCUUCGGGGCGUCUACCGCUUCGCCACCGAUAGGAAUGACUUCCGGAGGAACUUGAUCCUAAACUUGGGACUUUUUGCUGCGGGAGUUUGGCUGGCUAGGAACUUGAGUGACAUUGACCUAAUGGCACCUCAGCCAGGGGUGUAGCCAAAUAGACACAUGGAACCCAUGCUGUACUUGAACCUUCCAAGCACAGAGCCUCCAGCCUGUGACCAUCACAAGACUUGGCCCGAUGGCAGCUGAAGUGUGAUUCAGAGGGGUACCUUCCCUGCAUGAUUUUUUUCUUUGCUGAGUCUACUCAGAACUCCAUUGUCUAGGCUGCAGUCAUGCUUCAGCUCAAGUGUUGUCCUCUGUUUUAUAAAGUUCUGCGCAUAGUUCCUAAGUUUCCACAGGGGGUGAUUUUUGCUUGUCUUGAGGAAUAACCUGAUGGCAUUUUAACAGUUAUUCGAAAUAAAGACUACACACAAAGCCA